AUCGGGCUCCGCGGCAACACCGGCUCGUUUGGCCGUGCCGAGCCCGUGCGCUUUGUGCAGGACUAUCGCGCCGCCAACAUCUCGGAGCUGGUUUUGACCAACGCCAACAGUGAAAAGUACCCCUUGACUCUGCUCGACGGCGCCUUCAACCAAUCGGCACUCACAUCCUUGCGCAUUGAAAACGUCGACUUGGCGCUGCGAAACAAUGUGUUUCCGCCGCACUUGCGCUCGCUCGUGCUGCGCAAGACGGGUCUCCGUCGCAUUCCCAAGGAGGUCUUUACGCUCACACAACUCCAAACACUGGAGAUCUCGGGCCAGUUUCUCGACACGUCGUGGCUGAGCAAGGAAGAAGCGGCGUUCGUGCGCAGCGUCAACUGCACGUUUGGCUAG